CGACAUUUUAAACCACGUGACAUGUGUUUACAUCCUCCUCUCAGCUGUUUCUUUCUUCUUCCACUUCGACACAACGACUCGCCGUUACUAGUUUACCUUUCCAUGCAAAUACCCGGUUUGCUCGGUAAACCGGUCCUCAGCCUUUUUAAGGGGCUGUUAUCGUGUCAGAGUGACUGUCACUGACCGUCGCAUUGCUCGCUGCAUCCAGUUACAAGGAGUGUAAAUGCGACACGGCAUUAUCCUGCUGCUGCUGCUAGAUGCUGUGGUAUUUAACAAACUCAGAAGAAAAACUUCUACAAGCAGCUGGAAGUAACAAACCAAACCUCAGCUCCAGUUAACGUUUGGAGAGGGAAAACAAAACCAGACUACAAUCACUAUUGGUCACUUGGUGCCUGGACAUGAACGCCGUCUGAACAGACAUCUGAGGAGUCACAGCGGCAGGAUCCUUCAGCCAGCCAACCCAUCUCCAUGCCACUCUGAGGAGGAAUCGCUCACCCUGAGUACGAGUUCGGCUUCUACGUUUCUCUUCUCUUGUCGCCAUGGGGGGAGCUGUGAGUGCCGGGGAGGACAAUGACGACCUCAUUGAUAAUCUGAAGGAGGCUCAGUAUAUUCGCACAGAAAAAGUUGAACAGGCUUUUAGGGCCAUAGACCGCGGAGACUACUAUCUAGACGGCUACCGGGACAGUGCCUACAAAGACUUGGCGUGGAAGCAUGGAAACAUACACCUGUCUGCUCCGUGUAUAUACUCUGAGGUGAUGGAGGCCCUCAAACUGCAGCCAGGACUUUCUUUCCUCAAUCUGGGCAGCGGAACCGGCUACCUGAGCACAAUGGUUGGCCUCAUCAUAGGACCUUUUGGUGUGAACCACGGAGUUGAGCUCCACAAGGAUGUUGUUGAAUAUGCCAGAGAGAAACUGGACGAUUUCAUAAAGAAUAGUGACAGCUUUGACAAGUUUGAGUUCUGUGAACCUGUCUUUGUGGUGGGGAAUUGUCUUGAAAUCUCAACAGACAGUCACCAAUACGAUCGCAUUUACUGCGGCGCUGGAGUGCAGAAGGACCAUGAAAACUACAUGAAAGUACUGCUUAAAAUUGGAGGCAUUCUGGUGAUGCCUAUAGAGGAUCAGCUGACCCAGAUAACCAGGACUGGCCAGUGCACAUGGGAGAGCAAAAACAUCUUGGCGGUGUCCUUUGCCCCUUUGGUCCAGCAGAGCAGAGCUGAUGGAGAGAAACCUGACACUGUCCAGCUGCCCCCAGUGACUGUCCGCAGCCUUCAGGAUCUGUCUCGGAUCUACAUACGCCGCACUCUCAGAAACCUGGCCAACGAGGACAGUCAGGGGAAGGGCACGGUGCAACGAGUCCCCCAGAAGCGCAAACGCAGGCGCUGCCGGCGGCGCCGCAUCAACACUUACGUUUUUGUAGGAAACCAGCUGAUCCCCCAAAUGGUGGAGAGCGAAGAGGAGGAGCACGCUGAGGAGGAGCACAAGGAAGUGGAGGAGGAGGAGGAAGAGAGAGACAUUGGCGACAUUGAAAUCAUCAAGCAAGUGAACGUGUUGAGAGACCAAAUAAUGGCCCUACCGCUGCCUGAGUCACUGAAAGCAUACUUGCUGUAUUACAGAGAGAAAUGACUGAUUCACUCGAUAUCCGUUCUUAAUGGGUACAGCGCCUGCUGAAAUGCUUUUCUUCACCUUUUUCAGUACAAAUGUAGCAUUAUUUCCACUUAAUCUUGAUGGCAAAACUGUAAUGGAAAGAGACGUCAUAGAUAAUAUUGGAUAAUAAUGUUAUGAUUGUCAUGAGUGUUGUUUUUUUGUUGACAUUUUCUUUUGAUUUGUAUAUCGAAGAAAUAAAUAACUAUGUAAAAAGUAUACUAAAAAUGGACAUAGUUUCAGAAAACCAGUUUUGAGAUUCAGAUUUUAUCACAGGAUUUCUGCCGCAGUGUGCAGAUUAAAAAUUGUACAAAAAAACCACAAAGUUCUUACUAUAUUUGUUAAAAAUAUGAUCAUGCUGAGAUGAAGACUUUUAUUGCACCUUUUUUAGAAGCUUUAACUUACUAUCAGUGUCUGCUGAUUUAAUGAUGCUGAAAGGAACAAAAGAUGCUGAAAGGCAAAUAAGGCCACACUCUCCCAUUUUGAGUUAAAGAGUAAGACGUUCUUGCAUAAUCAUGAGCGCGGCACUUAUGUCAUUACUCUUCCUUUCAGGUCAGUGUGUUUUAUACCUUCCUAUUACAAGAGAUCACUGAAAGACUAGAGCGGUUCAUAAUUUUUUUCUACCGAGCACCUUUUAAUGUAACUUUUUCUACAGGGUGCUGACAUUCUUCUGUUUUCUCACUAUGAGUAGCUGAUGUACUACUUGAUAUGAUAAGAUGUCGUAAGCCCAUCUCCUCUCCAUGGUUUAUCUCCCAUUGUGCAUAGGAUAUUUUAGUUUAGCAUAUCAGAGGUCUGAAAUAUGGAUGACAUGCAGGCGUUUAUGGGUGGUUUUCAGCUUUGUUUUGGAGGGAACUGGUGAAGGGGAGAUGUUAGUUUUGAGUACAUGCAUGAAUAUAUUGUAUAUGUCUUGGGUGUUCCUGACUUUGCUUCACAUUAUAUGACUGGUCACUGGAGGUGAUGUUCCAAGUGAUCAAGUUUGGAAAUGUUUCUUUUUAAAAAAAAAAAAGAAAAAGAAUUUCAAGAUAAUCAAUCAGUUAGAAGGCCUUGAGACAAAUAUUGAGUUCUGUAUAGUACUGCUUUUUUUUUUUUUUUGUAGAAUUGAACAACAAUGCAAAAUCAAAAUCGUUGAGGAUUUUGACGCCUUUUUUAUUUUACUGUGGACUAUGGAAGUGUCCAGUAAAGCACCUUAAUCUGCAAUCCUCAAGCUCAAGUGGGGAAAAAAAACAAAAAAAAACAAGGUUCCACUUUUUGGCAUAAUUUGUAUGGAAUGGACUUAUUGCAAUGUAAAUCUUGUUUAAAUACAAUUUGCUUGCAGAAUUUCCCUGAUAGUGAUGGCUUUUAAGUGCCAACGUACCCCAUCACGUUAGGAGUUCUGCGAGUUUCCUGGCACAGUAAAUUCACCCAAACAAUGGUAUAUUUCUACAAAAACAUUCCACGGUGAAAAAAGAAAAAAAAAAAAACAAGAAAAGAAAAGAAAAGAGCACAUCACUGACCCGAUAGGUCACACUUUUUCUUCACGCUUUACCAUCACAGAGUUGGAAAGUUCUUUCAUCUUACUUUGAAUGCAUAAUUUAGUACUCCAAAAGCUGAGUUGAAUGUUGUUGAUAUUAAUUCUAUUCAAUAUAAAGGUGAUAAAUAUGUAUUGUUAUCAUAUGAUUCUGCAUACAGUUUAAUUUGCAGUUGAUUUGUUGUAGCGCCCUCUUGCUGUACUGUAUCUUUGACACUGGGAACUCUGUAGAUCCAAACUCCACUGCUGUCUGUUAAAUAGGUAAGAUAUAUUAGUGCUAUAGGUCUUCAUUUUGUUCUGGUGUAAUGAAAAAUGUUUUGUUUGAAAGCGGGGCUGAAUAUUCUAUUAGUAGUUUUUGUGUGUGACGAGGUAACAUUUAUUUUCUGUAAGGUUUUUUUUUUUUGUUCCGUUUUUUUUUUUUUUUUUACAUUCAUUGCAGAGCUUUGCAAGUAAGCAAUAAUGGAAUAAUUUCUCAGCUUAUAAUUACCAAUAACAACAUAGUCCCAUUUGAUUUGUGUAGUACCCAUUAAAAUUCACAUGACCAAUUACAGCCAUGCAACACUUUAUAUACCAUUAUCUGAAAUGUAAUUGCUAAUUAGAGAGCACAUUAAGUAUUGAAAGGAGGGGACCUACAACCUCGACUCUCAGGUCUCGCCUUGCACCAAAGUUAAUGGGACUGCUGUGAUUACAUUAAAUGUGGACGAGAUCCGACUAAACAAAUGGCACCCGGUAAAUACCAAGUCAUAGCUAAUUCUGAGCUCUUAUGUUAAGUUCAUUUGAGCCAGAACAGUUUCCCUUCCUGUUUUAUCAGGCCUAGGUUGAUUUCUCAUAGAGUGUGCAGUUCAUUUUGAAAAUGUGUUGUUUCUCCGUAAAUGUUUGGCACAAAAAUAAAGGUCACAAUCACA